AAUUUUUGGUAGGGGAAAAAGUAGCACACUUGGAUCCUCCUGUACAAGAAGAUAAGGAAAGCAAAGAAAAGAUAUGAGGGCUUGUGGGGAGUGAGUAUGCCACGCUUUCAACUCCUACCACAAUUACUUGCAUUUUCUCCCUUUAUCUUCACUCCCUCAUUUCUUUUCUUACACUAAUUAACACAACAAAUUUAAAAAAAAAAAAAAAAAAUCAUGGCAAUGACAUUACAGUUGCAGCAACAAGCCACUUCUACCAAGUCAUGGACUAUACCUUCUGCACUGGUGCCUCCUGCAGGCACCAGUAUCGGUCUCAGACGCGCUGCUGAUCGCUUUGCGUUACAAUCAUCUUUCUCGUCUUCCUCCCUCCGUCUUCCCGGUGUUAGUCUUACUGCUGCCCCUAAGUUCUCUAUGCGUGUUGCUUCCAAACAGGCCUAUAUCUGCCGCGAUUGUGGGUACAUUUACAAUGAUCCUCGGAAACCUUUUGAGAAAUUGCCUGACAAUUACUAUUGUCCUGUGUGUGGAGCUCCAAAGCGCAGAUUCAGGGCAUAUGAUCCCCCUGUAACCAAAAAUGUAAAUGACAAAGAUGUUCGAAAAGCAAGGAAAGAACAGAUUAAAAAAGAUGAAGCUAUUGGAAAAGCAUUGCCUAUUGCCAUUUUUGUUGGAAUCGCAAUUCUCGGUGGAAUAUACUUCUACCUGAACAGCACCUAUUAAGCUGUUGAGUUGAAGUUUUGUACUCAACAUAGCUUUUUUCUCAAUCACCCUGUACUUGUGACUUUGUGAGGGUAGUGAUCUCUUUUAACAUCGAUACUGCUACUCUUAAUUCUUUUUGUAUAAUUGUACUAGUGAGAAAUAUUAAAGUACAAACCUGAUGAAAUCAUAUUGAUAUCAUAUUCUAUAUCAUCUCACUGUCCUCAUUCCUGUUUCUCAGUUUUCUGGUAAUUUGACGAAUUUGUUUAACUGAUGAUGGAGAAUGCUGACAGCACUCACAGCAGUGAACGCGUAGUAUGAUCUGAGGUGCUUCAGUGCUUCAGCUUAGAUGUUUUACCACAUACUAGUAGUUUCCUAUGUGCUCAGCCUUACACUCAUCCAGUUUCUUCGAUCACGUUGGUCAAAUACUCAAACAUACCAGCAGCAUCAACUAUUGUGAUAGCCCUUGCAUCCAGCAGUCACACCAGUCACUCAAUCAGUCUUCUACAAAGCUACAUGUCAAACUAUGCUCUAAAUAGUUUGUCAUAAUUCUCAACUUUCUGACUUUCCUGAAAUAUAUUCUAGUCAGUCCUGGCCCUCAAUAGCUGACAAGGUCAUGCAAAUAAAACUCCAUCAGGCUUCUUUGGAUUAAA